GGGUCCAGACUCCGGCGCGAGUGGGCCCGAGAUCUGUUCCGCCGGCUGAAAAGCGAGAAUGGGAAUUGGAUCCCUGCUGCUUUUGUUUUGUUUGGGCAACUCGCCCCUCCCCUAGAGGGGUGACGCAGCAGAGAUCAUCCAUCAUCAGUCCCACUCCAAGCCUCCAACCCCCAACAUCAAGGGUCAAGGUGGAAAAUGGGAAGGAUUGGUGCGGUGAGCUGCUCUUCCUCCGCGUGGUGCCGUCCCCCGAAGCAGCAGCAGUCCUUGCCCGUGCGCGGCCGAGGAGGAGGGGAGUUGUUCGGCGGCGCCCUGGGAUCUCCUCGUUGUAGGCAAACCAAACCCAUUCACACUCACACGGUCGGACGGACAAGAGCAGGAGCAGGAGCAGGAGCAGGAGCAGGAGCAGGAAGCCGCGGCUCCUCCUCGUCGUCGUGGCUGCCGCUGCCGCUGCCACUGCCGCUUUCCCAACGCGUUGGGGUUGGGGCCGGCACGAGACCGGUCCUGUCGUCGGCGCAGCACGACGAGUUCUGUGAAUUCUCUCAGAGGACCAGUCCCGACGAGGUGAGGAAAGAAAUUCACAGAUGCUAUGCUCUUGUACAGAAACUUGGGAGGGGAGUAAUUUACUUGGGGUCUUCUCGAGUAAAGACGGACCAUCCACAAUACCUGCAAGCUUUAGAAUUGGCAAGAGAGGCUGCAAAGAUGUUGGACUGCACCACAUGGACAGGAGCAGGUCCUGGUUUCAUGGAUGCUGCCAUCAGAGGUGCUAUCGAAGCGAAGAAGCCUGUUGGCGGAUUCAAGAUAGCCAGAGAAGCUGGUGAAUGGACUUCUUCAAACUUCCAUUCUUACCUGCCUCCUGAUACAUACCUUACAUGCAGGUUCUUCUCAGCUCGGAAACAUGGGUUGGUUGAUGCUGCAGUAAGGAAUGAUCCUACUGACAAGACUGCGGUGGUUGCGUUCCCUGGUGGAAUCGGGACUCUAGAUGAGGUUUUUGAGAUCCUGGCCUUGAUUCAGCUGGAGAGGAUUGGAUCUAAGCUUCCAGUCCCUUUCUUACUUGUGAAUUAUGAUAGUUAUUACUCAAAGCUCAUAGAUUUUAUGGAUGAAUGCGAGAAAUGGGGGGCAGUUGCUGAAGGAGAAGUUGCAUCUCUGUGGAAGGUCUGCAGUGGAAAUGUUGAAGCUUUGGAAUACUUAGCAGAGUUCUAUGAUCUCCCUACAAGCAAAAUAAAUUAUGAUCCUAUGGAUGGUGUUCAGAAGGUGUAAUUUUGUAGUUGACCAGCUCAUUACCUUUAGCAAGAUAUUAAGUCCAACUAAACACUGGUUCAAGAGGGUGAGGUGGAACUUUUUUGUCAAGAGAUCAUCUCUCUCUCUCUCUCUCUCUCUCUCUCUCUCUCUCUGUGUUCUCGAGCCUUUUUUGCGAAGAAGGCAAAUAUGUAAUUAAAAAUUAAACUGGAAAAUUAUUUUCCAGCACAUAAUUGGCCAAGUUGUGUGUAGGGCAGUAUUUUUAGGCAUGUAUCACAUUUGGUUGUGCUAUGAAUCUCCUAGACGAAGAGCAAGUCUACUUUUGCUAAGCCUUGUGUACUUUUGCUAAGCCCUAUGUAGAAUUUUCUCAUGAACAUGUCAUUGGGAGCAGUCACUUGGGCGUUCAGCCCCAUUAUUUUUGUUAGUAUUUAUUGAAACCUGGUUCUUGUGGAUUGA